CACCUGCCACCGUGUGACCUUGGGCAGGGAGCUCAAGGUCUCUGUGCUCGGGCUUCCUCAUUAUAAGGUGGGGAUGUGGAGAGUCCUUCCCCGCGGGUGGGGGGGGAGUCUCUAACGUCGCAGGUCGCAGGUGCCGGGAGCAGAGCUCAUAGCAAGCGCCUGGUCAGUGCCCACGGCGACUGGAUCAUCUCACGAGGGCGUCUCAGUGAUGAUCCUUUGUCGGACGCGAGGCUGAGUGAAUCUUCUCCUUUGUGGUGCCAGGCCCAGGGCAGCGACCCGCCAACCGGGGCCACUCGGUGACUAUUUUUUGGCCAAAUGAAGGAGGGCAAAGAGGAAGGGCCCCCAGCACGUGCUCAGCAGAGAGGAUUCCAGGCUCCGGGACAGACCGCAAGUGCAAAGGCACAACACUCGGAAGCUUCGUGGGGCCGGAACGCGAGGGACAAAGCUGAAACGGGCCGAGCGGGCAUCCGACGGCCUUGAACGCCGCGACCAGCACUCGGGCCUCCGCCCUCGGGCGGGGGGCGGGCGUGGUUGGAGCCCCAGGCCUGGGGGCAGUGGUGGCCAGCGGGGGCGUCGCGGGUGCUCCGGGUCGCGGCGGAUGGGGGGAGCGCAGCCUCAAAGCGCCGGACCCGGGAGCCGGGACGGCGGGGCUGGGGAGGGGACGCUCCGAGCACCGGAGCCCGCGGACGGGCCCUGCGCGAUCACCGUGGCUGUUACCUCCUCCCCUCUCUGCGUCUUUGUGCGCUUCGCUCGCUUCCUUUCGCAGUAAACGUCCUUCCGAGAGAUUCCGAGGGGAUCUCGGCCAAGCAGCGGGGAAGCGAUCUUGCCCACGCCGGGGAGGGCUGCGCGGGGCGGCCGCGGCGGGAGCCGGCACCGGAGGGGGCGGACGCGCGGGCCCGUCGUUGGCUGUCGAGGGGCGCGACCCGCCGCGGCCCCCGGAGCCCCCCGCGCCCCGCCCGCGCUUCUCCCGCCGCCCCCGCCCCCCGCGCGCCCCCGCCCCGGCUCCGCUCCGCCCCUCGCGCGGGGUCCGCGUCUGCGGCUGCGUUCCCCGAAAGACAAGGCUGCGCCCGGGUUCUGGUCCGCAGGGAGACCGAAGGGCACCGCUCCCUGUGCCUCCCAGAGCCCCGGAGCGCCGACCCCCCAGGGAUGUGAGUGCGCCCCCGACCCGAGGCCCGUGCUCCACGCCCCGACCUGCGGCCCGCGCCCCGGAGGACCUCCGCCCACAACCCCCGCGCCUUCCCGAGGCCAGCCCGGAGCAUGCCGCCUGCGGCCCUGAACAGUCUCGGCCUGGUGCUGCUCGCCGGCCUGCUGUGCUCUGCGCCCGCUCACGGCCUGUGGUGCCAGGACUGCACCCUGACCACCAACUCGAGCCACUGCACCCCAAAGCAGUGUCAGCCAUCAGACACAGUGUGCGCCAGCGUGCGGAUCACCGACCCCAGCAGCAGCCGGAAAGACCACUCUGUCAACAAGAUGUGCGCCUCGUCUUGUGACUUCGUGAAGCGACACUUCUUCUCAGACUAUCUGAUGGGCUUCAUUAACUCUGGGAUCUUAAAAGUGGACGUGGACUGUUGUGGGGGAGACCUGUGCAAUGGAGGGCCGGGGGUGGGGGGCAGCCCCUGGGCCCUGGCGGGGGGGCUCCUGCUCAGCCUGGGGCCCACCGUCCUGGGGGCUGGGCCCUAAGCUCCCACCGCUGCAGGCCCCCCAGCUUCCUCCCCAGAGCCUGGCCUCACCCCUCCCUGCACAGGGAAGCCUCCCUCUCUCCACCAGCUCUGAGCUCCGGCCAGCAGGACGGCUCCAGGAAACCUGGUGUCUGAAGGAGGCCCCCGUGGGGGGUGUUGGUCUGGGGGCUGGGACCCCCAGGUCUCCUAGGGGAAGCCAGGCAGAGCCAGGCCCAGCCCAACAGCCCGGCUGUGUGGGCAUCUUCCGCGGAGAAAUAAACUCACUUGUGGUCCAGA